AUGGCGGCGCUCAGCGAGCUCCGCCGCCUGGCGCAGCCGCUAGGCCUCCGCUGCUACCUGGACCUCUGCUUCCAAGCGGCGGAAGGCCUCCUCAUCCGCCUCCAGCUCGGCGUCGAAGGCGGCGAGCUGCUCGACGAGUUCCUCGCGCGCCUCACGCUUGGCCUCGAGGGCCUUGCGGGCCCUGCCAAGGCGCUUCUCUGCCUCCCCGCGCAUACGCGCGGAACGCGGCAGCUCGACAGCCUUGGAGACCUCCGCCGCAGCACUGGCCUCCUCCAGCUCGCCUCGCGUGCGUGCCAGCUGGGCCUCGAUGUCUCCGCGACGAAGAUGCCAGACACCCCCAGCGGGGGAUGA